AUGGGCGCCGUGCUCUCCUGCAUCCAAUCCAUCUUCCGCACCAUCGGCAAUGUCAUCAUGACCAUUGUCCACGCCAUCGGCGCCGUCUGCACCGCCAUCAUCAACGGCAUCGUCGCUCUCUUCGACAUCAUUAUCAGCUGUCUGACCUGCGGCAAAGCCGGCUCCCGGCGCCGUGGCAUGAAGACGCGCACCACUCACCAUACUAGUAGAGUCUAG